GCCGAGCGACCGGCUCUGUAGACGGUCCGUCUGCCUCGCCGCCGCCGCGAGGAGGAUUCCCGGGCUCUCUCCGCAGCCGAGGGGCGGCUGUCCGCCCUCGGGAGGACGGUUGCUGGAAGGGCUGCGUCGGGGGGGUGGGGCGCAGAGGUGUUCUGCCGGCUGUCAGGGCUGUGUUGAACCAGGUCUGACCUCCGGUUCUGGCUUCUGCAAACCCUCCGUGGGGUUCUCUGUGUCGUCCCCCAGGAGGUAGAAAGGGUGCCCUUGUGGGUGUCUGCGCAGGUGCUGGGAACAGCUGGCUGCUCUGGGAUUUUCUAAGGGGCAGUUCCCUUAACUGCCACCGCCUCAGCUGGAAAAAUAUUGCAGCUGGUCGGUAAAAAGGGAGCUUGCCCCCCACCCCCGCCCUGCCUUGUUUUCUGACACAUCAGAGCCCAGGGAAAUGUCCGCGUGUCAACCCUAACCCUAAACCAUCUGAAGUGAGAACUCCCCUGUAGCCAAAGGAGCUCUUCGCAAGCGUGAACAGGCAAGAAUUUUGGACGUCCAGCUUUUGUAGACUGACCCGGGAGGAGAGCUCCGACGCUCCCAACCUGGACCCUCUUCUGGACUAUGUGUGCGGCUGGAAUUGGAGGGACCUUUCAGUACGGAUACAAUGUUUCUCUCAUCAGUGCCCCCACUCAGCACAUCCACAAGUUCCUCAAUGACACCUGGCAGAGUCGUUACCAGACCGAGCUGAGUUCCAGCACGCUGACUCUUCUCUUGUCCACCGUUGCUUCCAUUUUUUCCCUAGGUGGGUUCUUUGGGGCCCACCUUGGGGGCAGCAUGGCUGGCUGGCUGGGCAGGAAAGGAGCUCUUCUGAUGAACAACUUCCUCGCUCUCCUCGCUGCUACUCUGAUGGGAGCCAGCUUCCCAACGGGGCUCUUCGAAUUGCUCAUCGCUGGGAGGUUUCUGAUUGGAAUGAAUGCAGGCGUUGGACUCUGUGUGCAGCCUCUCUAUAUAGGAGAAGCUGCCCCCAGACACCUUCGAGGGGCCAUGACUAUGGGCAGCUCCAUCUUCCUGACAGGGGGUAUUUUGACCGGACAAGUGAUGGGUCUAAGGGAGUUGCUGGGUGGAGAGGGGUGCUGGCAUUUCCUGCUCUUGAGCUGUUGCUUACCAGCCAUGAUCCAACUCCUGACCCUUCCCUGGUUCCCAGAGAGCCCCCGCUUCAUGUUUCUUGACCGAGGAGACGAGGCCAAGUGCAUCAAAGCACUGAAGCGCUUCCACGGCCCUCUGCGCUACCAGAAGGAAAUGGGGGACAUCCAGAGAGAGAGCUUUGCCCUCGGAGGGGAGAAGGCUAAGAAGCCAUGGCAGCUCUUCGCUGACCGUAGCAUCCGUUGGCAGCUGAUUGCAGUUGUCUGCCUGACCAUGGGCCAGCAGCUCAGUGGGAUCAAUGCGAUUUACUUUUACGCCAGUUACGUCUUUGCAGAAACAGGGAUUCCUCCCGAGAAGAUCCCCUACGUAACUUUAGGCACAGGGACUUGCGAAUGCCUCACUGCCCUCACCUGCGGCUUGCUAAUCGAAUCCUUGGGGAGGAGAGCUCUGAUCCUGGGAGGCUAUUCCCUUAUGACGCUGUGGUGUGUCAUCCUGACAUUCUCCCUGACAUUCCAGGUGUAUGCGUGGGCGCCAUAUCUGAGCACGGCCUGCAUACUUGCCUUCAUCUUGAGCUUUGGGCUUGGACCAGGUGGCGUGACAAGCAUUUUGACGACCGAGCUGUUCACGCAGUCCUCGCGCCCUGCUGCUUACGCCAUUGCAGGAUCCGUGAGCUGGCUGAGCUUCUUCGCUGUGGGAAUGCUCUUCCCUUUUGUCGUGAAAGGCCUGCAGCAGUACUGCUUCGUUGUGUUUUUGCUAGAAUGCAGCACAGUGGCCGCUUUUAUUUUCUUUAUUAUUCCUGAGACAAAGAACAAAACCUUUCUAGAAAUUAAGAGAGAAUUUCACAAGCUCAACUUUGGGAGAGCCAGAGAGCCGAAUGGAGAACCGUGCGAGAGGCAGCAGCUUCACCUGGAGCUCUAAGGGCUGGGGCGGGGUUGGGCCGUGGGACCCCUGCUUCAUCCAAGGAUGCCACCCCAGCAGCCCAGGACCAAGAGCCUGCCAGCUGUGCGGGCAGGGGAAUAUGUGCCCUUUCCUUCUCCCGAGACCCGCUCCUGCAUCCUAGAGAGCAGGAGGCUGUUCAAUAAAGCAGCUGCUUUUCUCCUGGCUCCUGUUUUCACGUAGAGACCGUAGCUGAGCCACUCCACAGUCAAGAGGAUGAGCAUGGGAAGAUCCAGCGGGGUUAAAGCUGGCAGGGUUGGGUGGCAGUUAGCGAAAGCAUCGUCCCAGGGAUCAGGUUUGUGGUAAACGGGCAAGCUAGGAGUCCAAAAGGGAGUGCAUGUUACGCUAAUUGGAAGCCUCUAAGGCAGGAAGAGGGAACUGGAACACUUCCUCCAGAAAGAGGACACAUGUGGAAAGCUCAUGGUAUUUUGCUUAGAAAAUCAUGAGGGAAAAUAGAGGCUUAUAAAAUAAGCACAGCAUGAACUCAAGUCACAAGAAAGACCAGUUGGCAGGAGGAGGAGGAGGAUGCCCCUCAUCUUAACCUAAUUGUAAGCUUAGUUCGUGACCGUUGGGCGAGGCCACCCUAGAGCCUGAUCUGGUUGCAGGGCUUUUUCUUACCGUUACCUACAUGCCAUUCAGGGCGCUUCUGGCCAUUUGAGAAACUUUUCUGUGGAGUGUUGGGCAGGAGACCACACUCCCUUUUUGCCCUGGCAACCUCUGUGAACCCACCCCAGCAUCCCCGGCUACAGGGGGUAAGGGUGGGGCAAGCAAUCUCCUCCCUGUCAUGCUGCCUACCAUCCUGCUGGGCAGCAAAAGCAAGAGAGCCCCCCCAAGCAUUUUCAGCCCACUUCUGCCAAAAGGGACGCAAGAAGUACACACAUGCCCUCUUCCAAGCGCCUUUACUUUGAUUCGCUUCAUCUUGGGGGCUCGCUCAUAGGCAGCUUCUGGCUCUGGCUCACAAGCAGGGCCGGAGAGAUGAGAGUCUUCCCUCCCAUCUGACCCCAGGGGAAGCGGACCGUCUCCCUCCCUCCGGCUUGGUCUCAGGCGCGGGGCAGCGAGUCGCUGAACAGCUAGUUCCUGGCCCAGGCAGAGGGCAGGGGGUUCCUUCCUGCAUCAUACGGUGGCUGCUCCAUGGCGGGAAAGGGACAAGGCAAU